AUGUCCACCAACACAGACAUUUGGAUUUCCGGCGCCUUCGCCGUCGUGGUCGUCGACUUUCUCGUGUACCCUUUCGACACCUUGAAAACCCGCAUCCAGUCCCCCAAUUACACCAAGAUAUACAAGAACCCACAGACCGGAGCCGUGAACCGCUCUCUCCUCUUCAGGGGUCUUUACCAGGGCGUAGGAAGCGUUGUUUUGGCUACUAUCCCUGCUUCAGGAGCAUUCUUCACCACCUACGAAGCCCUAAAACACACCCUACACAAUCUCCCCUCCCAAUCCCAAUCAAUCCCACAACUCCAACUCCAACUCCCCACCCCCAUAAUCCACUCCCUCUCCUCCUGCACCGCAGAAGCAAUCUCCUGCUUCAUCAUCACUCCCGCAGAAGUCCUUAAGCAAAAUGCACAGGUGGUUACCACCACCCCCACUAACCCCACUAGCAAUCCCCAAGGUAAAGGUAAAGGUAAAGGUGGGAAAGUAGGUAGUGGCGCCCUCCUCCAAACCAUGGCUAGAUUCCGCUCCCAACCAUACAAACUCUGGAGUGGAUAUACAGCUCUCUUGGGGAGGAAUUUACCGUUUACGGGGUUGAAUUGGCCGGUUUUUGAGUAUUUGAGGUCGUGUUUUUCGGGGGUGGUUGUUGAGAGAAGGAGGAAGAAGGAGAACAAGAAAGGUACUACUGAUUUAAAUGGUGGUGGGAGUCUCGGUGGUGUGGAACACGCUCUUAUUACGGGGGUGUCGGCUGCUAUGGCGGGGACGGUCUCGUCUGUUGUUACGACGCCGGUGGAUGUGGUUAAGACGAGGAUGAUGUUAGGGGCUAGUUCUACCGGUUCUGCUGAUUCUGCUUCUGGGGAUGGAAAGGGGAGUAGGAAUGCGUGGGGGAUGGGGAAGAAGGUGGUUAGAGAAGAGGGUGUUAGAGGGCUCUUUAAAGGAGGGGCCAUUCGGUCGUUGUGGACGGCGGUGUCGUUUGGGAUUUAUCUAUGUAUGUAUGAGGGGGGAAGGGGGUUUUUGGAGAGAAGGAGGGAGGGAGAAUCGGAUUAG